AUGGCGGCAAAAGGUGUGCCCAAAUACCUGUCGUUCUCUCUCUCUCUCUCUCUCUCUCUCUCUCUCUCUCUCUCUCUCUCUCUCUCCAUAUUUAUCCUUCUGUCUAUCUAUCUAUCUAUCUAUCUAUCUAUGUUUAUAUCUCAUUUAUAUAUGUGUAUGUGUUUCUCAUGGCUUUCCUUCCCCACAUCUCUCUCUGGCUCUUACUCUCACUCCCUUAUCUCUCACUCUUUCUCUCUUCUCUCUCAACGUUUUCUCCUUCGCGCACGCACUAUUUCUCUCUCACUCUUUCUCUUUCUCUCUAUCACUCUCUCUCCCUCUUUCUCUCUCUCUCCAUCUCUCAUGCUUUCUCUCUCUCCUUCACACAUUCUCUCUCGUCCUCUCUCUCUCUUAUUUAUAUAUAAUGUGUAUGUGUUUCUCUUGGUUUUUCUCCCUCACAUCUGUGUGUGUGUGCGUGUGUGUGCGCGCACAUCACUCUCCCUCUGCCUUUCUCUAACAUCUCCCUAUCCCCCCUCUCUCUCUCUCUCUCUCUCUCUCUCUCUCUCUCUCUCUCUGUUGUAUUUUAUUCUUUUCCUCGUCUCUGAUUAUUUUCCUUCUUUUUUCUCGUCUCUGCUCCUUUUUCUUAUCGUCUCUGUUUAUUUUUUUUUCUCCUUUUUCUCGUCACUGUUUCUCUUUCAACUUUUUUCUCGUCUCUGCUUCGCUUCCGUUUUCUUCCCGUGUCUGCUUUACUUUUCUCGUCUCUGUUUCUCCUUCUUUUUCAUUUCACGAUUUUCUUUUCUCUUCUCUACUUCUCUUUCUUCUUUUUCUCGUUUCUGCUUCUCUCUCAUUUAUAUAUAA